AUGACCGACGUCCCGCCGUUUCCCUCCCCAACCAAGCGAUGGCACACCAAAGCCCAGCCCUCCACCUCACCUGCCCGCCCAGAACUCUCUGCCAGAGGUAAAUCUGUGAUCAUCACGGGGGGCGGCACCACGGGCAUCGGCGGGGAGACAGCCCGCCACUUCGCCCAGGCAGGCGCCUCCCGGAUCGCCCUCCUCGGCCGGCGCGAAGGCCCCCUCCUCAACAACAAGGCCUACAUCGAAAAGACCUACCCGGGUGUGGAGGUCAUCACCAUCCCGACGGACGUCACCAAGCAGGCCGACGUGGACGCGGCCUUUUCCCACUUCGCCGCGGGCGGCAGCAGCGGCAAGAUCGACGUCCUCGUCGACACCGCCGCGGGCGUGGGGCCAAAGGAGCGCGUCCCCGACGCGGACGGCGAGGCGUUCCUGGGCACCGUGCAGGCCAACGUCGCGGGCGCGCUGUGGGUGGCCAAGGCGUUCGUGCGGCACGCCGCGCCCGAGGGGGCUGUCGCCGUCGCGGUGAACUCGUGGGCCGCGCACCUGAGCGUCAACGACGCCUUCUCCGCGUACUGCGUCGCCAAGAUCGCCGUGUUCCGGCUGUGGGACACGGUGGCGCUCUCGAACCCGCACCUGAGCGUGUUUCAUACGCAGCCUGGGGUGAUACUAACCGAGCUGAACUUGAAGGUCGGGGGUGCUAAGAGCUUCGAGGGCGUGCAGGUUGAUGAUGUGUCUCUGCCGGCAAGCUUUAAUGUCUGGCUUGCAAGUCCUGAGGCCCGCUUUCUGAAGGGCAAGUUUCUAUGGUGCAACUGGGACGUGGACGAGCUGAAGGCUCAGGCAGCAGAAAUUGAGAAGGGAACAAGGUUGAACAUCGGGCUCGUGGGAUGGCCUUUCAAUGACUGA